CUCUGUCUUGGCAUACUCUGGGCAAGUACAAAGUGCAAAAUGUGGAAGUUUUUCCUUGCUCUACUUGCUCAGGGGUAUUGCGACAAUGUGUCUUGCCCAUCCACAGGAGGCUUGGGCCUUCUACAAAAGUCUCCUUCACUUCAGAGGCUCACGCUUGAUGUAGAAGUUCUCCAGGAGAGAGAAUGGGUUGCGGUUGAUGGUGGUGUGGAUCGAGCCUGCCGUGGUAAAUCAGCAGGCGACAAUUUAGCUUCCUACUUCACAGUGAAUUCGGGCUUGGCUAGUCUCAGCGCCUGCCAGUCAUUAUGCGAAAACACCAUGGGUUGCAAGGGUGUGGAGUACCACAUAUCUGGAAGAUGUGAGAUCUGGACUCGGCCUGGCGGCAUUGAAGCGAGCAUAGGCUUGGCGAACUAUUCCUGCUUUGCCCUGGAACUCUCGGAUUUCAUCGAUGUGGAUUCCUCCGAUUCCUCCUGCCGUGGAGAUGAUGCCUUGGAUGAUGAGCCCAGCUACAAGGAGGUGAGCAACGUGGCAUCUCUGGGUGAGUGCAAGGAGCUGUGCCGACGCAAUGUCGCAUGCAAAGGCAUCGAAUUUUCUGGCAGUCGAUGCGAAGUUUGGACGCGGGCAAUUCUCGCGUGGAUCGCGGAUUCUGGCUCUCAGUGCCUCAAGCUCGAAUUUGCUCCCAUCGAUGGUGCUGACCGUGCAUGCCGCGGAUCCAGCACGACAGACAACAAUCCAGCACACUACAGAGUUGUUUCAGGUGCAUCGGAAGCGGAAUGCAAGCAGGCUUGCAGGGAGCAAAGUGGUUGCAAGGGCAUCGAGCAUAGUAACGGCAGAUGCGAACUGUGGACCCGUGCAGAAGGUAUCCAAGCAACUGUGCCGCUGAGUGGUUUCAAGUGUCUGGCUUAUCAAGGAAGUGGUUCUGUGACGACCACCUCUACGAUGCCCACGUCAUCCACGACAUCGACGUCGACGGCUCCCGGUCCGUCGGAGCCAGAAUUGGCUCGAUUCCUGAUACAAGCAACAUUUGGACCUACGCUUGCGAGCAUCAGAGCCAUUGGACAGAUGACCUUUCAGCAAUGGAUCGAUGAGCAAAUGGCACUUCCUGUUCAAUCUCAUCGAGCAUACUGGAGAAAGCGCACCAACCCCUAUUUGUCUCCGGCAGACAUUGCAGGAGAAGAAGUCAUUGGUGCAGCGCGAUCAAGAUGCGAUCCAGGCUCCCGGUGGGUUGGCUACACGUUUCAGCGGCGUGAUGUGGGCAAAACCGUCAAGGUGUCCAACAACCAGAUCUUGGUUGAUGAUGUUCACCUGACAGACAUUGAUCCGGCCUUUGAGGGUAAUGGUCUGGCAGCUCCGCAAAGCUGUAGCAACAACCCUCCGGAGUAUUGGCAAUCCAGAGGUUACACCUGCCUCACAAUUGACCAAGAUAGUUUCUCGUGGAGUUGCCCAGAUGAAUCCUGGAGGAGUCAGGAGAGUUGCCAGCAGACUUGCUUUGAUCUGGGCUAUGGCCAUCCCGGCGAUGAUUGCUCAACAGGCUGGCCAGGAGUCAUUUUCGAUGGUUUCUUGUGCAAUGUGCGGGAAGAUGCUGUGGGAGCGUGGGUGCAGCUUUCGACUUCCAGUGACUGCACUGCAGGGUUGAGGGCCAUGACCAACCCUCAUAUUUGGAGAGCCAAUCCAACACCGGAAAUGACACAGAGCUUGAGCUUUGCAGUCUUCCAAACGAGUGUGAUACACUUGUUGACUUCCCCGGCACAGUGCAACCUGGGCACCGUGGUGCGCUCAGAUGUGGAAGCUGGAGGCAGAUUUUAUCUCCUGCAGCCACGGCUGGAACUGGUCGAAAAUACCAUUGAGCAGCCAGCAUCUUCAGGCUCUUGGGCAGGAGGGACGUGCCCCGCAGUGAGCAAGACUUUCUUGAACGAAGCAAGUUGCAAGCUCUUACCUGGAUGCCUUCCGUUGGGCAUCGUCGAUAUUCAAGUGGUGCUCAAUGCUGCAAGCUUCCAGAAGUUCUUCAACGUUGGUGGUCGAUGUGUCUAUGCCAUCACUGGACUUCGAACCUCCACCAGCCCCUGCAAUCGAAGAUCUCGUUGGAAGAAGCUGGACUGUUCGACUGAAUCCUGCACUGCAUCUUCGCUCUCCCCAGAUGAUCAGCAAGCGAUUCAGUCUGAACUCUCGGCUGAAAGUGCCCAGGGAUGGCUGCGGGAUGUGGACAUUAGCUGCAGUGAUGUCAAUGUGGCUGCACAGAGGGUUGUUCAAGUCGGCAACGACUACUUCCAGCAUGUGCAUUUGGAUGAGAUGAACGUCUUCGAUUUUUCGGAUUGGGUAUCUGAACAUCCGGGUGGCCCUGACAAGAUCACGCAAUGGACUUCCAUGGGCUACCAGUUGCAGUAUCCCUCCUGGCACGGCAUGGAUCGCUGGGAUGAGGGGCUGGCGCCGGGCAUUCUGCGACCGAACCUGGUGGGAAAGUUUGGUGAGGCCAUGGCAUUCCAAUCGCUUCCACAACCUUUGCAGACACAGGAGUUGAUGAAUGAAUUCGCCAGCGGUGUAACAGAUGACACCGAAUUCUCCACCGUUUGUGGGUCACCUGGAGAAGUGGCAAAUGAUGCUUUCCUGGGUCACCAACUAUCCAUCACUCAUGGUGGUGAAUAUGACUGGCACUUCGACAUGGACUACCUUUCGCGUUGGGGCACGGACCAGUUAGCGCGAAGUGCUGUUUGGACCAUGCAAGCAUUGUAUGCAAACGAUCAGCUUCGACAAAGGAUGGCCUGGGCGUUGUCUCAGAUCUUGGUGUUGGCAGUCGUUGGGGGCAACUUUGGUGGGCAAACAGAGAUGUGGCUCAACUACUACGACAUAUUUGUGAGGAAUGCUUUUGGCAACUUCAGAGAUGUGCUACGGGAAGUUACUUACAAUCCCAUCAUGGGCGACUAUUUGACUUUCAAGAGAAACCGUGCUUUUGAUGAAAGCAACAAUUACCCGGAUGAGAAUUUUGCCCGCGAAAUCAUGCAGUUGUUCACCAUCGGCCUGUGGAAAUUGAAUCCGGAUGGGACCAGGAUGAAAGAUGCUUCCGGACAGGACAUGCCGACAUACACCAACGAGCACAUCAUGAACUUUGCACGUGUCUUCACAGGUUUUGAUGAACAAGCAGGACGCGACAACAUCGAGUGGGUAUGGGAUAGAAACUUCAUUGAUCCAAUGAGGGUAAACGCUCGUUGGCAUGAUGUAUAUCCCAAGCCUGACCUGGAUGGAAAUUUCCUGGGUGAUGGCUAUCCACUAUGCUCUGACCUACCUCCAGCAUACUUCCUGAGUCAAGGAGCCAAAUUUGAGUUCUUGGGGCACAACUAUCAGGGUUCCGACGUUUUGAAUCUGGAGCCAACCUCGCAAUUGUUUGGAAGACUAUGUGGAUCAGGUACAUCCUGCAGACACACUCUGACUGUGGAGCUUGACACGUCAUUGACUUGCAACGGCCCAGAGUGUACGAUGGACACAGUUUCGGUCGUGAAUGUGUCUGGAGGAUACUAUCGAUAUCUUCCACCUACGUGCGUUAACCUCUUCUUCUUCAACGGUCAGGUCACACGCAGAGGGGGCCGUGCAUGGGGUUGGACUGAUCGAUGUGACAAUCCUUAUCUUCCAGUUGCAGGCACAGCCUGCUGUGGAGGUUGCAAGAACCGAAAGGAUUGGUGGUGGAUGGACAACAGAGGUCAUUGCUCUUGCGAAAAUGCCACGAUCGCUUGUCCGUCGAUGUUCACAGAGCGGUGCAACCUUGAUGAAACGUGGAGAGAGCAGCAAUGGUGUCGAUUGGCCUGCUGGGAGAAUGGUGUUGGAUAUGAAGGAGAUGAUUGUUCCAAAGGUGCCUGGCGCGGUGAACGACUCUGUGGCUAUCCCAAGGAGUUUGUUCGGAUGGCAACCGCAGAGCGUCAGUGUUCCGCCCGUGGACUGGAGAUUUGCUGGGAACGCUUGGAAGGCUACGAAUGCGAGUACGAUGAAGAGCGAGUGUGGACACAUGAAACUUGCACAUAUGAAGUUCUUGUGCAUGCUGACGGCAAAGUCAGCUCCAAUUUGACCAGCCGAACUCGACUGAACAAGUUUUAUGUUCCAUGGAAGAGUGGCAACUUCCCGGGGAAGGAUGGAAGUUCAUGUCCAACCGGCUGCCAUUCAUUUGCAAAUGGAUGCUCUUGUAGCAUGAAUGUUCAGAUUCGAAGUGCAUUCAGCUCCAUGCCCACCAGUGCUCAACUCUCCAGUUUGAGUAUUGGCGCUGUGAAACCAAUCACUUCCUGCACAAGUGGCUGCUCAAGCUCUGUGAAAGCAUAUGGUGACAUGAGCGAUCCUGAGACCGUCUUUGAGCAUGAGGGUCGAUUCUACAAGAACAAGGAAGUGCUGGUUGUUGUGGGAGAUGGCAGUUUCGAAUUUCGAAAUCCACCAUUCUUCGUCACAUUGGACGAUCCGCGAGAGAAGGAUGUGCAUUCGGAAGUGGAGAGCUUGCUGGACCACCUGGUUUACCACAACAACACGGCGCCAUUUAUCUCGAAGAAUCUGAUCCAACGCUUCACCACUUCUAACCCCAGUCCUGAAUAUGUCAAAGUUGUAGCAGAUGCCUUCAAGACCGGAACGUAUGCUGGCCAGACCUACAGCGGUGCUUAUGGCGAUCUUGCUGCAACGGUUGCAGCCAUUUUGCUUCAUCCCGAAGCUCGCAGCCAGACCAGCACCACAAAUGGAGCUUUGAGGGAGCCAUUGAUCAAGGUGAUCCACUUUAUGAGAUCGUUGGAGUACAAAGACAAUACUGGCCGCAACGUGCUCUUCUCCAACCUGAUGCCAUUCAUUGGGCAAUUCCCAUAUUCGUCUCCUUCCGUCUUCAACUAUUAUCUGCCAGGCUUCAAACCCAGUGACUUCCCAGAAGGCCUUGUGGGCCCAGAGUUUGAAAUCUUCACCCCACCCAUGGCAAUUAGCUUCAUGAAUGGCAUGACCGCCUUGAUCGAGCAUGGCCUGGGACCAAUGGGCUGCGAUGGCGGCUUUGGAUUCGAAGCGCCAAGGAACUGUUCCAAUGGAGAACUGCAUCUGGGUGAGUUGGAGUGCAUCCAGCCCACCAUUGAUCAGAUGGAUCUGCUACUCACAGGUGGACGCUUGCACGACUCGGGCAAGAUCAAAAGUGCUUAUCAGCUUGCGGAUGGUGGCCAUGAAUACAAAACAGCUCAGAUGGCUAUGGUGAUGACCCCGGAAUUUCACACCCUUGGCAGCUCCUUGCCGCUGGGUCCACGAACAACACAACCCCCGGAAGUGGUGAACGAGCCUCGCUCCUACAAGGCCUUGGUGAUGGUUUUCCUGGCCGGUGGAGCUGACACUUUCAACAUGCUGGUGCCCAUGAAUUGCCCGCUUUAUGACGAGUACACGCAAGUCCGUGGAUCUGUCGCGAUGCCUCCAUCGGAUUUGAAUUCCAUUUCAACCACAGGGCAAAGCUGUGGCGAGUUUGGCAUCCAUGCCCGUUUGCCGAUUCUCAAGGAGCUUUAUGAUAGCCAAGAAGCCGCCUUCCUCAGCAACAUUGGCUCGCUGGCUGAACCCUUAUCAAAAGACCAGUGGGAAAUUGGCACAGGUCAGCGUUGUACUGGGCUUUUUUCCCACUCGGAUCAACAACAAGCCGCGCAGACUCUGACGUGUCAAUAUUCGGGUUCGGCUCAGAAGGGUGCUGGUGGACGCAUUGCGGAUGCGCUUGCUGCAGGCAAUGAGAAGUAUCGAACAACAUCCUUCUCAGUGGCUGGAAUGUCAACUUGGCCACAAGGAAGAACUACAGCACCGCAGAUUAUCGACCCACAGUCAGGCACUGUCAGCUUCACCCACUAUGAGCGGCUGAAGACAGUGAUUGAGAACAUCACCAGCGUGCGUCAUGGCAACAUCUACGCAGAGGAAUUCUCCACGAAGUUUGCAAGCGCCAUCAAAUUUAACCAGGAGCUGGAAGAGCAACUGAAGACUUCAAAGCUCCAAACGCCGUUUCCAACAAAUGAAAUCGAUUUGUCGAGGCAGCUCAAGCAGGUCGCCCGUUUGAUUUCUGCGCGGGUGCACCGAAAGGCUGAGCGCGAUGUCUUUUUUGUGGACAUUGGUGGCUGGGACACGCAUUCGAGCGUCAGCAGAGAGCUGAACGACCGCUUCCAGGAUUUGAAUUCCGCGUUGACGUCCUUUGUUACCGAACUCAAGGCCCAAAACAUCUUUGACUCCACUACCAUCGUGACGCAUUCCGACUUUGCACGCGCUCUCACGCCAAAUAGUGGUGAGGGAACCGACCAUGCAUGGGGAGGAAACUAUGUUAUGAUUGGAGGAGAUUUGAAGGGCGGCCGUAUCUACAAUGAUUUCCCAGCGUCCUUCAAAGAGGGGAGUGCGCAGGAUGCAGGGCGGGGACGCCUGAUACCGAAGUAUCCCUGGGAGAACAUGGCGCCUUUGAGCUAUCAAACUGAGUUUGGUAGCGGAGCCACCACGGUGGCUCCCUACCGGGACUUCGCCGUUCCCUGCUCAGCGGCUGCUACCUGCUGUGCAGGUUGCCACGUGCGCGUGGCGGGCGAUCCUGGAAAAGGAGUUCUACGGUGGCCUUGGCAAUCAACGCUGGUGACCUUGGACUUCCAGCUGCUGCCGCUUUGCACUUUGGUGUCUCGCAAUCAGUGCAUGCGGUGGCGAACUACCUCUUCCACGACCUCCGUGGUGCUGCAAUCACUGCUGGUCCUCCUGCUCUUCUGCGAAGCCUUUGACGGUGGAGCGCGACGUGGCGACUACAUCCUGGACACCAUGAAUGAGGCUCCAACUGGAUCAGGGUCGAUACCACUCCAAGAGUAUCGCCGUGAGAUACCGCCGGGGUGGAAGCCAAAUGACCCGGCGUAUCCACUCCGAUCAUACUUUGACAGGUUGAGGUUGUGGUAUCGCAUAGCAAACAUCCCUGAUGAGACCAUUGGACCCACCAUUGCUGGAAGGCUUUAUGGAAGGGCCCAUAGGGUCGCGAUGAGCCUCAGGAUACCACGUCCAGACGGAGGACAUGACACUGGAGACGCUGCCUUGGUGAGACUUGAAGUUGAUGAAGUUCGAGACCCCAACACGGGGAUGGUGAUUCAAGCUCAUGUGCCAAGCGGCGUACAACACCUGACAGCAGCACUCCGGAUGGCUUUUGGCCAACAGGACCAAGACCUUGCCACACAGUCCCUUGAGAAGUUCUUUGGACUUGCCAGAGGACGCUUGUCGCUGCAGGAGUACAGCCUGGAGUUUGAUGCACGUUUUGAUGAAGCCUCAGAUCGUGCUGGACUGCAGAUGAAUGAGGUGGCCCGCUUCUUCCUGUUCUUCAAGCACAGCGGCCUCUCAUCAAAACAGGUGGACGACAUCAAGCUCCAGGUGGCCGGUGACUUCACGCGCUUUGCAGAAGCCCGAGCACUGGCACUUCGGCUGUCCUCCAACAAGCAGGACAACGAGAACAUGGACAGCUACUAUGCCCAGGACUACCACCAGGACUAUGUCACUGAGGAUAACUAUGGCGAUUGGAUGGAGAACGAGACCUACGACUAUGAUGAUGGCCAUGACUAUGCCUGGUGGACCGACUAUGACGCCUACGAUGAAGGUGAAUGGAUCCUGGACUAUGACGAGACGGCCGAUGCCUACUACCAGCAGUACUGGGAUGAAGAGUACUGGGAUGCCCAGGAGGAAGAGCAGACAGCUGGUAGCACUGGAGACCCUCAGAAGACCUCCGACAAGACCAGCGAGCAUGCUGCCGAGGAGUACUAUGGUGGAAAAGGCAAGUUUGGAGGUGGAAAGAGUUUUGGAAAGCGCCAUUGGUUCGCACAGCCCACAUCAGUGCGACCUGGCCUGAACAUCGUGGAUGGCAUUCCAGACAGUUCUACAAGGACUUCAAAUGCCUCUACAAGUGCUCAAGAGUUUGCGAUCCACACACCGCCAAGCGACCUUGAGGGUCCCAAGUUUGUGAGGAUCUCCACAGCCAACACCGACUCUGGAGAAGAACAUCAACAAGUUGCACAGAAUGAGAAGAAGCACCUCAACGCCUUCAGCUUUGCUUUCAACUUCUAUGAGGCGGCGGACUACUUUGCAGUUCGUGGUGAAAAGAGAAGAGGUCUGAUCAUAGACCCAGGUGCAGCUUCUGGUUUGAUUGGCUGUGACACCCUGAAGGACCUCUUGGAGCACUGCAUCAAGCCCUACGGCAAGGAGAUCUCCAUCGACAAGAGCAUCACCUCUCCUGUGAGCGGCAUCAGUGGAGGUUCAGACAGAACCUUGGGUCAGGUGACGAUUCCACUUGUGACUGCUGGAUGCCCGAUCACGUUCACAGGUGAAGUCAUAGGAGGUGAUGGCAGCAUGUGCCCAGCCUUGGUCGGCAAUCCAUCUUUGCGGAAGAUGCACAGCACCAUCUUCACCAACUACUUCCAGAAUGGUGAUGGCCUGCUUGUUUUGGAUUCGAGGUCUGAUGACCAAGGAGCCUUGAAGAUGCUUCGAAUCCUCCUCACGGACUCAGGCCACUACAUUCUGCCGACCGACCAUGACGCCACUGCCAAGGUAUCCAUGGAAACCCAGAAGGAGAUUGCGGUCUUCUGGAACAGAGUAGCUGAUGAAAGUUGCCGGAGAUGGAAGGAUGCCUGUCCAAAGAAGCUUCACAUCUUCCACACGUCAUCUGAUGCGGCAUCGUACGCAGAAGGUGACCGGGGUGAAGCAAAGAUCAACGAUGAUGAUGGAGCACUAUGUCAUGAUGAUCAUCAACUUUCUGGACAACAACAUGGAGUUCAACUACCUCCUGAAGUAUCACAUGGCGCUCUCACUGCAGAUGACGACAUCCUGGACAAGAACGACAAGACUCCUGGCACUUUGCUGAACAAGGAGAAGAACCAGGCUGUGACUGGCAUUUUGCCAUCGGAAGCUCCAGCCUCAAGCAUCAAGUUUCACAACAAGAGCGAAGCCUCUGUCAAUUUUUCAGACACGGAAUUCAUCGCCGACUUGGACUCUGAGCCCAACGGCAAGAUUCUUUCUUUUGACAACACCUUGCGUACAGUUUGCACUGAUGAAAAGCCCUGCAGUUUCACCAUCGACACCAAGGAUGACAACAUCCAGCACUUCUACACGGAGGAGGACUUUCCUUCCUACACGGGCGACACUUUUCCCGAAGGUUUUGAUGAUGCACGUCUUCGGAAGAAGUACAAGGCCAUUCCUGAGGAGUACUACACUCGCACAGGCCUGAAACCUGUGACGCCCAAGAACUUUCCCAAGUGGUUCAUGCAGGCGAAGGGCAAGAAACUUCGAUGGCAUUUCUGGGAAGUCUUCAGCGGCUCUGGACGAUUGAGCUUGACCAUGCUGAUCGCAGGUCUGACAGUUGGCUUUCCCAUUGACAUGCGCUAUGGCUGGGAUGUUGGAAAUGCCUGCCAUCAGAAGUACCUUCGCCAAGCACGAGACGAGUUUUGCCCUGGUGUUAUUCACCUUGCACCAGAAUGUGGCCCAUGGUCAGUAUCCUCUUCUUCAAAGGAUCCAGAUCUACGACAAGCUGAACGCCUUCAACAGAAGCCUGCGUUGGACUGGACCGAGGAGACAUGUCAUGUCCAAUCAAAGCAUGGUCGAGGCUAUGUGGUUGAACAACCUUGGGGCAGUGCACUUUGGCAACCCGAGACACCACUCGACCUCACCAUCAACAGCGACAACAAGAAGAAGCAGAGAGCUGACCAAUGCAUGCACGGACAAGGAGCAGAUGGCCUGAACCGCACAGCUAAAGCUGCGGUGUACCCCAAGACGAUGUGUCAUCGACUUCGACAAGACAUUGUGAACUUUCUCCACAAGCGAAAACUGUUGCACAUCAAGGCCUGGCCUCAAGCUCUGAGUUGGUAUGUGGCAGAACACUUCUAUGAGUGCACUCGCUGUCAACUUGGACGUUUCUGCCCAGAUGACAUUCCACACUCCUUGAUCCCAGGCAAGUGCAGACACGGCCGAUAUGCAGCUGGCACAAACCCAAGAUCCAAGAAGAACAACUCUGCACCAGCUGAUCCAGUCAAACAAUGGAAAGACAAUGCCAACAGAGAUGUUUUGGAGGUUGUUGAGAUCAAGAACCUUUCUGGCAUUGACCUCUCCGUGAACAAGUCCCACUAUUUGAAGAAGCUUCUCAUGGAGGUGAUUCAUACAUCACUUGGCCUCAUUUCAGAAGCUGCCAACCGCAGGAUCGACUACGAGCUCUGGGUCGACAAUGCACUCUUCAUGGAACUGUUCAAGGAGAUCUUUUCUGACUUCAUGCUGGUGAAGGGUGUUCGGAUCUCACUCCGACCAUUUCGGAAGUCUGGACCUGAGCCACAGCUUGCGAAGGCAUCUGCAUACCUUCGACUUCACCUCUGUGGCCAUGUCAAGGAAUGGACGAUUCAACAGAUGGAAGACAUCCGAGAAAUGUCCAUUUCCCAGAUCAACGAGAGUUUUGAUGUCGAUGACUGGAUGGUCACAGUCUUUGGAGCUGAACAAGGUGGACAACCAGCACCUUCGACACCAUCGCACCGACCUCGGUCGAAACCACCUCAACCUGAACUACCUGCACGCCAAGAUGACGCAGCACUACUUCCUGAAGUUCGAGAACGUCCUGGACAUCCAGAAGAAGGAGAAGCAGCUGAACCUGGCUAUGAAAUAGAACCUUUCGAAAGCCAUGAUCGAGCACCUUUGGCACCGAUCAGACCCAGCUACAACCUGAAGAAAGUGUUCGACAAGCUGCCGAAACUCCUUGAAGCUGGACAUCGGAACCAAGCUCUACGACUUCUGGUCGGCAUGCAUGAAAGACUCUGGCACACGCCAGUGAUGGACUUCCAGAAUCUUCUGAAGAAGGCCAACAUGCCGCAGGACGUGAUCGACCUGGCUGCUGAAGCCGUGAAGAACUGCGUGGUGUGCCGGAAGUUUGUCAGACUUCCAAAUCGACCUCAACUACGUGCUGGUGGCAGCUCCACUUUUGGAGAGACUCUCCAGAUGGAUCUUUUCCACUGGGAAGGACAUGUCUUCCUGCUGAUCAUUGAUGAAGCUACCCGCUUCAAGGUGUGCACUGAACUCAAGGGCCAAGACUCUGAGACAAUUUUGGCUGCAGUCUUCUCCAGCUGGAUGGCCUACUUUGGUCCGCCCAAGCGGAUUGUUCUGGACCAACAGAUGUCUCUGAUGGGCUGGGACACGGCGCAUGAGUUUGAGCGUCUGUCCAUUGAACGUUGCCCACGUGGCACAACUCAAGGCCACGGAGCAUCUCAGCACACUGGCACUGGCAUUGUGGAACGCCACAUUCAGCUGCUGAAGAUCACGAUGUUCAAACUACAAGCUGAACUUCAACGCCAAGGUCUCAAUCCAGAACCUGAAGAAGUGGCUCGAGAGUCAGCUAUGGCACACAACCAAACCAUCAACUACGGAGGAGUCACACCUUGCAUGAACGUGUUUGGAGUUUUGCCUCGAGGAUUUUACAAUCCUGAAAGCCCUGGAGUGACCAGCGUGAUUGGAGCUCUGCAGACAGACCUGACGGUCUUUGAGCGUGCUGUGAGGACUCGACCACAUCAGCUGAAGGUCGACGAGUUGAUCGCUGGAACCAGUGAGGUUGAAUUCUUCCGAGAUCAAGUUUGGCGUGGACCUGCUCUCUUGCUUCGGCUAGACCAAACCGAAGGCAUUGCUGUGAUCCAAUAUCAAGGCAAGCCAUACCUUGUCAGCCUUCGACACAUCAGAGAGUACAAGGGCAUCUUCCACUUUGAGAUCCAGUCUGAGAAUGUGGAACAGGCGCUGUUCUCCCUCAUGAAGUACACCGAGAGCAUCAGCGACCACAGGAUCCUCUACUUUGGCUGGCUGAAACGCCACAAGGAUGGCAAGUGGUACAGAUUGCCCAAGGAGACGCCAGAAGUUCGGAAGAUCAUGGAAUGGGCCGAAUUGGUUUCCAAAUCCAUGACGGAGUUGACACUCCACGGCAUCAUGAUCGGCAAGGCACUCCGAAACAUCAAACCUCCACACAACACCACAGGCACCAUGAUCAUGUGGCUUGCUGGAGGACGAAAAUAUUCAGUUCAACAUCAUCCCAACUCCAACAACCUCAAGCUGAAGAAAAUCUCCAACUUGGCUCAGGAGGACACAUGCAUGAUUUACUUCUACUACUACAAGACGGCAUCGAUGGAGCCAAGCUCAUCAGAAACCACUGAGACCAAGAAGGAGAAGACUUCCUCUACUUCAACCUCUCCAGACCUUGACAAGAUGGAUGUGGAACCACCAGAUCGAAAGCGAGACAGCCCAGAAACCAGGACGGUAGUCAUUGCUCCAGAGAAGAAGCGACAGAAGAUAGCAUUGGUCCGAAGAGAUCUCAACUUCCUGGAGGACUUCUACAUGGACCACACCAAGAACAUGCUCAUCAUUCUGGACUACCCCAACUCUUGGAAGAUUGGCUGCAACUUCAUGACUCAGGAGAUCAAGAACUUCCUGGUGAAGAAACACGAUCAAGAUCGACGAGCACUACCUGUCCUCUUCAACAUCAACUACAAGACUGAUCACCAUGCAUUGGCAUGCCUGAGGACAUCAGAGAUCUACAAGGUGGACCAGGAGACGAACAACAUCUCCGAGGCCGAUCUGACUCCAGACAUUUGGCCUGAAGUUGACAAGGCCGAUCUGGCCGAGAUCAAACAGUUUGUGGAGGAGUCAGCUUUCAAGAAGAUCCACAAGUCGCAGAUCACUUCAGAGAUGGUCGUGGUUGACGCGAUCUGGGUGCGGAAGAAGAAACGCUAUCCAGAUGGUAGCAUCCGCAUCAAAUCAAGAUUGUGUGCACGAGGAUUUCUUGAUGCACAAAAGUCAAUGUUGACCACAAGAUCUACGACGGCUACCCGUCUCAGCCAGCGGUUGCUGGUCAGCUAUGCUGCUCAAGAUGAAGAGCGAGACGUGGAGUCUUUGGAUGUUGGUGGGGCCUUCCUAAAAGGAUUCAGCUUCCAGGAGAUCCAGAAGGUGCUUCGAGAACAAGGACAUCAAGCUCCUUCGAGGACAGUCAUUUUGCUGCCUCCACUGAAUGUGUACAAGCAUCUUGCGUCUUUGUCAGACGACUUCAAGAUCCCUGAGGCGAGCAUCUUUGACUACGGUCUCCUAUGUGUGAAGCCUGUGUAUGGCCUCAACGAUGCACCUUUGGCUUGGCAACUAUGUCUCCACGACUUCAUCAAGCAUCACGAUGGACAUCCCUCCAAGAUGGAUGAGAACACUUUCAUGUGGAAGAAAGAUGGAGCUCUGGUAGCUUUGGCCACCACUCACGUGGAUGACAUCGCAUUGACUGCGAGCAAGAACUGGCUGAACAACUAUGCAUGGCCACUUUGUGAAGCGCUUCAACAAGAUCACACGCCAGCUGACUUUGCCAAGAAGCUGGAAAAGGUGAAGAUUCCUGAGAAAGAAGACUCCGAGAAGCUGACGCCUGCCGAAACAUCAAGCUUGAGAUCUAUCUUGGGCGCUUUGCUUUGGGUGACUGCCACAAGACUUGAUGUGGUGGCAGAUGUUUCAAUCCUACAAAGCAGAGUGACAGUGGCUGAAAUCCGAGACCUGAAGUAUGCCAACCAGGUGGUCGACAAGGUGAAAGAGUUCCAAGAUGUUGGACUACACUACCGCUUCCUGAAGACCAACAACCUGAGAUUGGUGUGCAUCCAUGAUGCUUCUUCAGCGAGCCAAGGACGCCACUAUGCUCAAGAAGGACUUCUGAUCUGCUUGACAGAAGACAAGUUCUACAACGAGAACCUCAACUAUGAGACCAUCUUCAAUGAUGGUGACGGCCCUGACGGCGUUGAUCGCCAUGGAGGAGUGAUGCAUGUGCUUCACGCCAGUGGCACAAAAGCCAAGAGGGUGUCCUACUCGACAUCUCAUGCAGAGACCCUCAGCAUGAUCAAUGGCGUGGAGUCCAGCACUUUGAUUUUGGUGCGACUUUCUGAACUACUACAUCCUGAACCUGCACCUUCGCUCCUACAGCUCACCAAGAUUCAGGAAGAGGGCAACAAGCUGAUCCCUGUGGAUUACUACGGCGACUGCCGUGAUGUCUUCGAAUUGGUGACUGGAGAAAGGACGCUUCCUCAAGACAAAGGACAGCGACUCUAUGUGCUCUCCAUCAAGGAAGCGAGGCUGAUGGGUAAGAUCAGAAUGCUGACACUGAUCCCAACACAGUGUAUGACAGCAGAUAGCCUCACGAAAUCAAUGAUCCAUGCAAGCAUGCUCCUGCUCCUCACGACCGGCAUCAUCAAGUUCUUCAAUGUGGACAAGCACCAUGUCACGUCGAGGAUUAUGCCAUCAGUCAAGGACUACGAUGAGCACGACCUGCUGAAGAACGACAAGCAGAUGCUGAAGGAGAUCAAGGAGAAACCAGAACGAGUUUCAGCAAGCUAUGCGACAGUGCUUUGCGGCUUCAUGCUCCAGGACAAGAUGAACGCUCUAUGUCUACUGGCUAUGACGACAUCGUUGCCUACGGCUGCAGCUCUGGACGCGCGCUACAUCGACGACAUCGAGAAGGAGAACACCGCUCCGAGCAUGCUCACCUUCUUCUUCCUGCUCUUCUUUGCGGUGGUCUUGGCGCUCUACCUGGAGAAGCUCUUCCGCUACAUGUGA